GCGCGGGCACGGCGGUUCCAUGCGCUGCCAGGUCUCGGUGCUGUAUUUCGCCAGGAGCGCGGAGCUGGCCGGGCUGCGCUGCGAGAGCCUCUCGGUGCCUCGGCAGAUCACCUCUCUGCAGCUCUGGGAGGAGAUCGUCAAGCUUCACCCAAGGCUCGCUACCAUCCGAGAUCAAGUGGUUUUUGCUGUUCGGCAGGAGUACGUGCUUCUUGGAGAUCAGGUCCUGGUCCUGCAGCCCGGAGACGAGGUUGCCAUCAUCCCACCAAUUAGUGGAGGCUGAAUCUGCCCAGGUUUUGUUAGGUCCAGAGAUGUGAUUUCAAUUCUGUCCCUCCACCCC